GAAAGUGAGAAGCAGAGGAUUAAAGGGACAUACGAUUUCUUUGGCCUGAACCACUACACUACAGUCCUGGUGGGGCGAGCUGUCUAUGACUUAGAUUACCAGGCUUACCAAGGAGACAGAGAAGUCUACCUAUGGAGUGACCGCACCUGGCUUGGGUCAGGCAGCUCCUGGCUAAAGGUGACUCCUUUUGGCCUGCGAAAGUUAUUAAAUUGGAUAAAGGAGGAAUUCAACAACCCUCCCAUCUAUAUAACCGAGAAUGGAAUAUCUGAACGUGGGACAAACUUGAAAGAUGUAUGGAGAGAAUACUACUACAGAUAUUAUAUCAAUGAGGCCAUGAAAGCUGCCAAACUGGACGGGGUGGACCUGCGUGGGUACUCAGCGUGGAGUCUCAUGGAUAACUUUGAGUGGGCUAGUGGCUACUCAGAACGCUUUGGUUUGUACUAUGUCAACUUCUCCGACCCAGCUCUGCCUCGCAUUCCCAAGGAUUCUGCCAAAUACUACAGGUCCGUUAUUAGGUGUAAUGGUUUCCCCAAUCCUCGGAAUAUCUCUCAUCCCUGUUUCCGACCAGAGAAUGUUCCUGAAGAGACAACCACCAGCACCAGCAGGACCAGCAGCACCAUCAGCACCACUCCCAAGAAUACUCAGACAAACGGAAGCCCAGAACCCACCAAGAAAACAGAA